AUGUCUCUCCGGUUUUCCAGUGGGUCCAGGCUCGUCUGCUUGCGGUCUGGAAGUGGAUCUGUCAGGCCAUCCAGCGCGGGUGCAGGCGUGGCAGGCGGCAGCGCCUGCGGCAGCCCUGUCGCUGGAAGUGGAUUUUCCUGUGCCUUGGGAGGGGGCUUGGGCAGUGUUCCCGGUGGAAGCCAUGCUGGUGGCGCCUUUGGAAAUGCUGCCGGUGCCGGCUUUGCUGGAAGCGAAGGGGGCCUCCUCUCGGGCAAUGAGAAGGUGACCAUGCAGAACCUCAAUGACCGCCUGGCCUCCUACCUGGAUAACGUGCGUGCCCUGGAGGAGGCCAAUGCUGAACUGGAGAGAAAAAUCAAGGGUUGGUAUGAAAAGUACGGCCCUGGAUCUUGCCGUGGACUUGACCAUGACUAUAGCAGAUACCACCUGAUGAUCGAAGAUCUUAAGAAUCAGGUUAUCUCUUCCACAGCUGCUAAUGCUAAUGUCAUUCUGCAGAUUGAUAAUGCCAGGCUGGCCGCUGAUGACUUCCGGUUAAAGUACGAGAACGAGCUGGCGCUUCACCAGAACGCGGAGGCCGACAUCAACGGACUGCGGCGUGUGCUGGACGAGCUGACGCUCUGCAGGACCGACCAGGAGCUGCAGUACGAGUCCCUGAGUGAAGAGAUGACAUAUCUCAAGAAGAACCAUGAACAGGAGAUGAAGGCUCUGCAGUGCGCCGCGGGGGGCCACGUGAACGUGGAGAUGAACGCGGCGCCCGGGGUGGACCUCACGGUCCUGCUGAACAACAUGCGGGCUGAGUACGAAGCCCUCGCCGAGCAGAACCGCCGGGACGCGGAGGCCUGGUUCAACGAGAAGAGCGCUACGCUGCAGCAACAGAUCUCCGACGACGCGGGCGCAGCCACCUCGGCCAGGACCGAGCUGACCGAAAUGAAACGCAGCCUGCAGACGGUGGAGAUAGAGCUGCAGUCCCUCCUGGCGAUGAAACACUCCCUGGAGUGCUCCUUGUCCGAGACCGAAAGCAACUACUGUGCGCAGCUGGCCCAGAUCCAGGCUCAGAUCCGGGCCCUGGAGGAGCAGCUGCACCAGGUCCGGACCGAGACCGAGGGCCAGAAGCUGGAGUACGAGCAGCUGCUGGACAUCAAGGUGCACCUGGAGAAAGAAAUCGAAACCUACUGCCGCCUGAUAGAUGGAGAUGGGAACUCCUGCACCAAAUCAAAAGGCUUUGGAUCAGGAAGCUCAGGGAAUUCAUCUAAAGAUUUAUCCAAAACUACGCUGGUGAAGACGGUGGUUGAAGAGAUAGAUCAACGCGGUAAAGUCCUUUCCUCAAGGAUCCAAUCCAUUGAAGAAAAGGCAUCUAAAAUGACCAGCGGCAAAACAGAACAAAGGUUUUCUUUCUAGC